ACAAUUCGAUUGAUGCUCGAAAUGUGACUUCAAGCUUUGCAAGGUGAAUCGACGCAAGAUCAAGAGCGCCUGGUUUCCGCGAAGUUAACAGUACUUUCUUGGUGCUGAGGGGUGGUGGUGGUGGUGCCAUUUAUUUUUUAAAGAUUUGGAAAGGGUUAAUCUGGGUAGGGUAGACUCGCCCUCCCUUCUCCCCUCGUCAUGUCUCCUGCAACAGGCGAGACAAGAAGGGGAAGAAGACCCCGUCCCGUCGCGUUAACACAUCGCUGCAUCUCCACGGCAAGGACAAAAAGAGACAAAACGCCUCACAGGAAGAGAAGGGGAGAGGCGACGGGGCGGGCUAAUCGGAAGCUUCGGCCAGCCAAUGGGCGAGAAAGAAAACCGGAUCAGCCAUUCCAAAAGGCGUUCAGGCUGAGAGGAGCUGUCACCGCUUUUGAGGGAGGGCUGCUGCUUUCUUUACACCGUCACUGCCUCUUUCUUUUCGCCUGACUUCCUCAAGGCGGCCGGGAAGCUCCUCGUCCCUCACCUUUCCUCGCCGCAGGAUGACCGACCAAGCACCCCGUCGGGGAGAACUAUCCGCUCGCGGAGCCCGCAUUGCCGAUGGCGCCGCGGGGCUCCUGGACGAAGGCUUCGAGAGGUACCUCGACGACCCUUUCGACGCGGACCAAAACCCUCAGGGCAUUUUGAAUUUUGGAACAAGCGAGAACAAGCUUUGUUUUGAUUUACUACAGGAAAGGCUCUCGAAACCUGAUAUGAAUUAUUUGGAGCCUCGUUUACUCCAAUACUCGGAUACCCAAGGCAUUAAAAGCUUCCGAGAAGAAAUUGCCAAAUUUCUUACUGAAUAUGCAAAUGCUUCAGUACCAUUAGAUCCAGAACAUAUUAUUGUGAUGAAUGGCUGCUGCGCUGUCUUUGCAACUCUUUCGACUGUGUUGUGUGAUCCUGGAGAUGGAUAUCUAAUUCCAACUCCAUAUUAUGGUGGCAUAAAUUCCAAAACGUGGUUAUAUGGUGGAAUGCAACCUGUUCAUGUACCAUUAUUCAGUGAGGUACCUGACAAAGGAAGCCAGCCGUUUCAAUUAACAGUUGAAAAAUUAGAAGCUGCAUACCAGAAAGCCAGGGAAAAGGGCAUCCGAAUCAGAGCAUUAAUCCUGAUCAACCCUCACAAUCCAUUAGGGGACAUUUACCCAGCACAGUUACUGACAGAAUGUCUAGAGUUUGCACACAGAUAUGAGUUACAUGUAAUAAUGGAUGAAGUUUACAUGCUGUCAGUAUAUGGUGAUACCACAUUUACAAGCAUCCUUAGCUUAAAGAGUUUACCUGAUCCAGACCGAACCCAUUUUAUGUGGGGAUUUAGCAAGGAUUUUGGCAUGUGUGGUAUUCGAGUUGGAAUAUUAUACACCAGAAACUAUUAUAUCAGGAAAGCAGUUAAUCAGCUUGUGGUUUUUCAUGGAUGUUCUGGACCUGUACAGCACGUUCUCCAACAAAUCCUUAAAGACAGAGACUGGCUGGAUAAUGUCUUUUUCCCAAUAAAUAAAAAAAGAUUAAAAGAAGCUAAAAACAUUCUUGUGGAUGGUCUUGCAGAAGUUGGAAUACCUGUUUUAAAAAGCUCAGGAGGGUUAUAUGUGUGGGCUGAUUUCAGGAAGUUUUUAAAAACACAGACAUUUGAAGCUGAAAUCGAUUUAUGGAUGAAGAUUCUGGAUGAAAAACUUCUUAUUAGUCCUGGGAAGGCCUUCUGCUGUUAUGAACCUGGAUGGUUUAGAAUAAUUUUCUCAGAUUCUGUAAAUAAGAUUAUUUUGUGCAUUCAGAGACUUCAACAAUUGCUUUGUGAUAAAAUGGAUGAACCUGUUACUCUUUGUUCAUCUCCUGAAGGAAACAAAUGUACUGAGUCAGAUGACAAUGUUUCUACUAAUGUCAUAAAUAUACCAGUGGAUGAUAUGUCAGAGGGUUAUUCACAGCUGAAGAAAAUAGCUGUUUUCUAAGAUCUGGACUGACGACACAAAUAACCUGUUUUUAUGUAUCAUGUGACUCCCUUUCUUUUUAUAUUAUCUGAAUAUAGCUUUUACCUUGUUUGUAAUUUAUGGUUAUUAAUUUAAAAACAGGGCUAUCACAUCUGCGAAAGAUUAACUUCCUUAAUGAGGUUUCUCUUAACUGAAGUGUUAACCUAUAUUGGAAAACAACCGACCAUUUCUCAAUGUGUUUCUUUCAGACAGGUUCCAAGGCUGGAAGCAAUGCUUCUACUGGCAAACAACCAGUUGGGGAAAAUGGACAUUGGUACUUAUCUGAUAUGAUACACACAUUCUCACUGCAGUGGAGACAGCAGUCAGAUAGGGUUAACUCCGUCCAGUAACGAUUAGGGCUUAGUCUACAGUUUAUAAAACCAUCCUCCAUGCUGCUCCUCACAAGCUUUCGUCGAAGGUGGCCUGUAGACUGACGUGUAGUUGAUAUGAUGGAGAAGGAAGAAAAUGGAAAAGGAAGAGAAAGGCCUACCCUAGUCCUAUCAAGGGAUGGAACCUGACCGGAAUAGGGUGGGACUGACUGCUGUCUCCACCUGCAGUGAGAAUGAGCGUAUCAGGUAAGUACCAACACCCAUUCUCCACGAUUGGUGGAGACAGCAAUCAGAUAGGGACAUACCCAAGCUUGGCCUGUGUUAAGGGAGGGAGCUGGUCCCCAUGGAAGAGGAGUUCAAGACAUGGACAUUGCAAUACCCUCCUUCCAAAGGCAGCCUCAGCAGAAGCAAACCGGUCUAUCUUUUUUUUAAUAUAUUUUUUUAUUUUCACACAAACAUAAACACACCAAAACA